UAUAGAUGCGCAGGAUCGAGCGCGUGUCAAAUGGAACAAUGUAACGGAUCGGAGUUGACAGCCUCAGUCGAGAGGUUACUGAUUAAUCUCGGUCUGGCUCCAUAACCAUAGAUAAGGGGACGAGAUCCGCCUGAAUGACAGGAGAAUGACAGCAGGUCCGCAUUGAGCAUUUUAGUGUCUUCUUUACAAGGAAAAUUUGCUUUGAAUGGGGAACGUAAUUUGCAUGCUACCCAAGUUCAGGCAGGAUCUUACACAAGCCUGGAGACGGGGAACGCACCUGCCUCUUUUUCCCGACCUGUAGACUCAUUCAUCAGCACCAACCGUCUUUAAUGGGAUAAACUGAUCUCCAGAGAUCAGGUGAACGGCUGAUCUGAACUCACGUAAGACCCUCAAGCUUGCUAGUUUCUUCUUAACUGACACUUUACAUCCUAAGGCCUCCGCAUGGUACUCUGGUCGAAAGAUCAAGACAAACUGUCCGACAUGUCCACCGGGACGGAAAGGAUAGAGAUGAAGAAGGAGGGGGCGCCGCCAGCGUUCCACCACUCCAACGGGUCGGUCCAUCCGGUUAUACUACCCGACAACCCCGAGGAGGUGCCCCAGACUCCUGGGGAGUACGAACUUACAGAGAUGACCUCCAUACCGGACCACGGCGAUCAGGAAAACGAGCGGCCGGACAUGGUGGUCCUCGACUGUCGGGCCAACGCUAAGGGCCAGAGGGAAGAGGACGCGCUCCUGGAGAAUGCCAGCCAAAGCAACGAGAGUGAUGACACUAGUACGGACCAAAGCCCGGUGCCGCCGGCUCCGCUAAAGGAAACAUCCUUUUCUAUCGGACUCCAGGUUUUGUUCCCUUUCCUGCUGGCAGGGUUUGGGACAGUUGCAGCUGGCAUGGUUCUGGACAUUGUUCAGCAUUGGACGGUAUUCACAGAAGUGACUGAAGUCUUCAUCCUGGUGCCUGCUCUCCUGGGCCUUAAAGGGAACUUGGAGAUGACCCUCGCGUCCAGACUGUCUACCGCGGCUAAUAUUGGACAAAUGGAUACAGCCAAGGAUAUGUGGAAAAUGAUCAUGGGAAACCUCGCACUAAUUCAGGUUCAAGCCACAGUGGUCGGCUUCCUGGCUUCCAUCGCCGCAGUCAUUUUUGGCUGGAUUCCAGAGGGUAAUUUUAAGAUAGGCCAUGCCGUCCUGCUCUGUGCCAGCAGCGUGGCCACCGCAUUCAUCGCUUCUUUGCUGCUAGGUCUUAUCAUGAUCGGGGUUAUCAUUGCAUCCAGGAAAGUUGGCAUCAACCCAGACAAUGUGGCCACCCCCAUUGCGGCCAGCCUCGGUGACCUGAUCACCCUGGCGCUGUUAGCUGGCAUCAGUACGGGCCUGUAUAAGGAGCUCGAAUUCAACGACUAUGCCAACCCAAUGGUUUGUGCCUUCUUUGUCGCCCUGACACCCAUCUGGGUGCUUAUCGCCCGGCGGAUACCUUCCACCCGAGAAGUGCUCUACUCAGGGUGGGAGCCUGUCAUUAUCGCCAUGGCGAUCAGCAGUGUUGGAGGCCUCAUUCUGGAUAAGACAGUAUCUAACCCUAACUUUGCUGGAAUGGCAGUUUUCACACCCGUCAUCAACGGUGUGGGCGGCAAUUUGGUGGCAGUUCAAGCCAGUCGAAUCUCCACCUACCUGCACAUGAACGCCUUGCCCAUAGCAGAGCCGAACCCAGCCCCACGGAAAUGCCCCACUCCCUGGAGCACGUUCUUUGGCUCAGGCGUCAACUCGCGUUCUGCCAGAGUGCUCUUCCUCCUGGUGGCUCCUGGUCAUCUGGUCUUCCUCUACACCAUUAACUCUAUGCAGGGUGGACACACCACUCUCACCUCCGUCUUCAUUGCAUUUUAUCUGGCCGCAGCUCUGCUUCAGGUUGUGAUCCUGCUGUACCUUGCUGACUGGAUGGUCAACUGGAUGUGGCGUCGAGGGAUGGAUCCCGACAACUUCUCCAUUCCCUACUUGACCGCUCUGGGAGACCUGCUGGGGACAGGCUUCCUGGCUCUGUGUUUCCACAUCCUGUGGCUAAUCGGAGAUCGGGACACAGAUGUGGGUGAUUGAUCCACGCUGCUUCCUCUGACUCUGUCCAAGCAACGCAGAUGUCUUUAUUUAUAAUGCCACAUAGAGAAAUAAUAUCUAUAUUGUUAUGGCUACAAUGGCUACCAUGAUUAUAUUGAUGACAUUAUUGCUUUAGUAUUGAUAUGUAAUUUCAUUGUUGUUUAGCUACUGGGAGAACAACAAUCCUCAUUAUUUUUCAAUGGGGACGUUCGGCCCGAUUUUACGGCCAGUCGCGUCGGCUGCAUGUAAAGAUCGACCUAAACUUGAAAUAUUUCACAAGAGGCAAACGAACAUAGAAUGCUAAAUCACCAAGUGCUACAAAAUGAUGGGUUUCGAGGGCGCCACUCACAGCCUUUGUCAACUAAAGACAAAAGACAUAUUUGGACCAUCAGAGAGUGACCUAAAUAACAGACUAGAAAUUAAAAGAGUCACUUGGGUCUUAAUAGCAGAGAUUGAAUCUCAUACGGGACCUUUUGACGAUAAAACACGCAUAUACAAAAUAGAGUACUGUAAAAUGCAUAGAAAUCACUUUGUUUAACACACAAUGCUAAAUUUGCUUCUGUAGCUCUGCUUAUGGUUACAGAGAGAGAUAAUAACCCAAAGUGCUUUGUUUCAUUGCAAUCCCUAAAAUACUCAAAUUGUGCAAUGCAGUGAAAAGGUUCAUGGGUUGUUUACGCUCAAGACCUAAAGGAUAAAAUAUCAGACUUUGCCUCAUUUGCGUAGGUACAUUUCCGUUAUGUACACAACAGUUUCACCCAAAGGCCUGUAAGAUUGCUGUAAGCUUCUCAGGCCGUUAUUGUGAAGUCCACAUCCGUUAAUCUCUACAAUCUCUUCCGUGGACUCAAAAUACUGGGACAGUUAAUGUAUUUGUGGUGAUAGUUAACAAAGUGCUUAUUUUAAAAGGGCUGUGAGUUAGAAAAAAAGACAGAAAUUAUAUUUAACAAUGCACUCUUAAAGGCUUUCCAAAUCUCAAUGAAUAUAUUGUUCUGUUAUAUAAAGUGUAUACAAUUGACCCUUUGCUAAGCUCUGCCUCCCUUCAUUACUUCGAGUUUCUAUGAUUUGUAGUUAAAUGUUAAAAAAGUGUUCAAAAUUAAUUAGAAAUUAUUCCUAUGUGAGUUGAAAGGAAGUAUGCAUUGCAAAGCAUUUUAUCUGCCGUUUUCAUUUAAAGGAAUUGUUAAAUUACCCAGUAACGUGAUUAAAGAAAUGCAGAGCCUGCAAACUCAAGGCUUAUAAAAACGCUUAUCACAGUGAAUUAAAAAGAGAAAAGGCCCGUUUCAUAGCUCAGUUACAUUAUUGAGAUAUUUUUGCAUGCCAUUUGAAAAAGCAGUCAAAAAACUACACUGUAAUAAUGAUUUUUCACAGAUGGAGUAUGUUUUCCAAGAAAAUACUAUUUCAGUUUCAAAAUUUCACAUUUCAGUGUGUCACUUCCCAGAUAGCACACUUAUGUCUGCAAGAUGUCUGUUAAAGAUCACUUGAUCUGGAAAGCAUCUGCUAUGUACAAACAUCUGACAGACAUCUAUAAGAUGUCAGUUUUACAUACAUUCUAAAUCAUAAACAUCUUAAAGACAUCUAAUAGACACCUAUUUGACAUCUGAUAGAAAAUGUCCUAUAGACGUAUUGCAGAUGAGCAAACACUAAAAAAUACGUCUUGCAGAUGUAAAUGCAGACGUCAAAUAAAUGUCUCUGUGAUGUAUGUGUGCUAUCAGGGUUGUAAUUAUUUGUGAAAUUUCCCAGAUAGCACAUGUACAUCUGCAAGAUGUCUUUUAAACAUCACUUGAUCUGGAAAACAUCUGCUGUGUACAAACAUCUGACAGAUGUCUGUAAGAUGUCAGUUUUACAUGCAUUCUAAAUCUCAAACAUCUUAAAGGCAUCUUAAGAUGUCGAUUUGACAUCUGAUACGAAUAGUCCUAUAGACGUAUUGGUGAGCAAACACUCUAAAAAUACGUCUUGCAGAUGUAAAUGCAGACGUCAAAUAGAUGUCUCUGUGAUGUACAUAUGCUGUCACAUACGUCCGCAAGAUGUCUGUUAAACAUCACUUGAUCUGGAAAGCAUCUAUUGUGUACAAACAUUUGACAGAUGUCUGUAAGAUGUCAGUUUUACAUUCUAAAUCAUAAACAUCUUAAAGACAACUAAUAGAUGUGUAUUUGACAUCUGAUAGGAAACGUCCAAUAGAGGAAUCACAUAUGAGCAAACACCCAAAAAACCACAUCAUGCAGAUGUGAAAUACACAUCUCUGUGAUGUAUGUGUGGUAUCAGGGUUAUAAUUAUUUGCAAAAUUUCCCAGAUAGCACAUAUACGUCUGCAAGAUGUCUGUUAAAGAUCACUUCAUCUGAAAAGCAUCUGCUGUGUACAAACAUUUGACAGACAUCAGUAAGAUGUCAGUUUUACAUUCUAAAUCAUAAAGACAUCUAAUAGACAUCUAUUUGACAUCUGAUAGGAAACAUCCUAUAGAUGAAUUGCAGAUGAGCAAACACUAAAAAAUAUGUCUUGCAGAUGUAAAUGCAGACGUCAGAUAGACGUCUCCAUGAUGUAUGUGUGCUAUCACGGUUGUUUGGACAGUAUGUUUUUAAGGCAAAGCUUAGUGAAGGGGUCAAUAGUGAACUUAAUUAGUUUAAUCAAAAAGCACCUGAUUACUGACAAAAAAACAUGAAGUGCUCUGCCUCAAAAGUCUUUAUACGAAGAUUAUCUGUAGAAUUAUGCAAAAAAUGCUUAUCAAAAGGGCUAUUUUGACAUCUACACCUCUGUACCACUGCAUGCUAGCAAAAAAAAAAUGCUGUCGAACCGGCUUGCAGAAUGUGAUUUAAAGCCAUGCUUGAUUAAAAUCCCUUUUUAGUUUCUUUUUUAAUUCGAACGAUGGUUUCAUUUCGUACAGUAUGUUUUUAAUGCCACUCAGAAACACUUGAAAGGCUAACAAGAUGGCUAGCAGCUAAUCUGUACCUCACGGCCAUAAUCAGUAGUUGCCAGGAAACUAAUGUAUAUUUUAAUGACUAGCGAAGCCUUAUAAAUCAAAUGACGUCCAAUUAUGGACAGUGUGUUAAUGCUAAAGGGCUGUGUAGAAAAAAACGCUCCAUCAGCUGAGUGGAUUGUGCCGGGCACGUAACAUUAAAAAAAAUCACGAUAUAUUAAACACACCCCUUUUUAUUUUUAGAGUACAUUUUGUUUUCUCUUCUUAAAUGUGGUUUCUAGGUGAAUUCUAGUGUUAUAAGCACGUUUAAUGUCACGGUAGUACACAAGAUGUACUGUAAUGUCAGACUUUACCACAAGAGGAUGCACUUGUGCAAGGAGAGCAUGCAGCUCCAAUGUGUUUCAUGCACCACAAACAGCACGAAUAUUAUUACUGUGCAACUGAUCCGGUGCUGCCAUUGUACCAUGACAGCUCUCUAUAGUUGUGAAUAUUUUUUCAGGGGAUGGGAGGCUUUGUUUAUUUAUUUCUAUAGAUGUGACAAAGCUAUUUGUAAAUAAUAUAUUUAUUCUAUAAAUGUUUAUUUUUCAUUUUGUUGCAUUUUUCCUUUGCAUUGGACCAGUAGAGAUGUUUACUGUACGUUUAUCAGUAAUUCUUGUUUUUUUUCUUAACAAAUAUCUCAAGUUUGGUGCCUAAUAUCCAGCAAAACCUCACACUCGAUCUGGUUCGGUGAAUUGAGCAUAAUAUGCCUUAACAAAUCACAAGCAAGGCUCGACAUGUAGAUUUAUAGGUCUUUUGAUUUGUGUUUUUUUUUUUAAAUGAGAUUUUUUAAUUAAUGAGUUGAUUUUCAUAUUGUAUUUUAUUGAUUUGUGUAUGCAAAUCAUCCCAUCCGUUGUGUUGUUCCAGGGCAGAUGUGUCGGUGGUAAAGCAAAGCCAUCCAAAACAAAGCCACCGAGAUCCCCAUGAGUUUUUAGAAUAAAUUAAUAUUUCCUUGUGGGUUGUCUAAUGUCACAUAUUCUCUCUAAUCUGUAAUCUAUAACGUCCUACAAGCAAACAUAACCUUCCCCGAGUUAAAUUGGCCUUGAGGGUCACAUCCCACUAAAGCAAACUUACCAGAUUAUCCAAGAGUGUACAGCUAGUAAUGGUAACUGGUUAUCUGAGUUCUUGAUUUCUUCCCCAUCAGUUUCUGCCCUGCGGCUGUUUCAAUCUGACACUGUUAAGGGGACCUAACAGAGGUACUUGUAAAUUGCUGGAAAUAAAAGAUUAUAUUAUUUCGUA